AUGGAGGUGCCAGACUGGGACGAGGUUGAGGAUGGGUUUGGGGCCACGGCGGCGCCCGUUCCCAUCCCGCGCGCUGGCCGUUCCCAGCUGGAUGCGCUCAAAAAGCCGCGACGAACCAGCAGCAGCUCCUCCUUUGGCGAUUUGCCGCCCAAGACGGCCAAGGUGGUGCUGGGAUCCUCGACAGGUUCAUCACCAUGCCGUGUCGUGGCCACAACCCUUGACUGGCGCGUCUUUGACUCUCCAAAACAUACGCGCAGCAGCAGUAGCACAACGAGCAUUGCCAGCGUGGACAUGAGUGACGCACCCCCACCGGCCGUAUUCAAGCCACCCCGCCCCGCUCGACGCAACCGCGGACGCCUCGCGGCCACUUCGGACGGGCAAGACAGCGACAACAACUCGGAUCACGAGGGCAGCAACGGCAGCAGCAUGAAAUCGCCCAAGCGCGCCGCGCGCCACUCCCGUCAAAUUGUUCAAGAUGCCAUGCAGGGCCUCAGCAUUGAUGCCACCACGCCAACAGCUACUACCAAAUCCCCCCCGGAGCGCGCUCCAGCCGCGCCCGCGCCCACAACAGCCGCGACUUCGAACGCCAGUGCCACAGCCGCGCCCUUUGACUACGAGCCUCGCGUUCGUGGCCCCCGCGCCGCCUCGGCCCGAUUGCAAGGCGCCCGCUUUCGCAUGUUAAACGAAAAGCUCUAUACCACCACCGGCGAUGACGCCUUUCGCUGGUUCAAGGAAUCACCAGAACUCUUUGACGUCUACCACAAGGGCUUUGCAACCCAAGUUCAGCGCUGGCCCGUCAACCCCGUAGAUCGGAUGAUCGAGUUUGUGUUGCAAAAGCCCGCCAAGUUGGUGGUGGCCGACAUGGGCUGCGGCGAGGCCAAGCUUGGUGCCAGCGUCCCAAACAAGGUUCAUUCCUUUGAUCUUGUGGCGGCCAACCCGAGCGUGACGGCAUGUGACAUUGCUCAUGUGCCUCUGGCGGAUGAAAAGAUUGACAUCUGCAUCUUUUGCCUGGCAUUGAUGGGCACCAAUUAUGUCGACUACCUGCUGGAAGCCUUUCGCAUUCUGAAGCCGCGUGGCAUCUUGAAAAUUGCCGAGUUGCAGGGUGAUGCAAAAGCUCAUCAAAACGCCUGGCCAUCAUGUGAGCAGGUCAAGAGUCGGAUCGGCGAAAGCAGCGCGUUUGUGCGCAUGGUUCAAGACGUGGGGUUUGAACUGACGAGCGAGGAUGCCCGAAACACGCACUUUGUUGACUACGAGUUUGUGCGGAUGCGCACGCCGGGUCGUCGCCAGCUAAUCCGCAACAGUCAACAAACGCAGCAAGUCUUGCAGCCCUGCAUCUACAAGCGGCGUUAA